AACUCUCAUCUGUGUAGAUUUUAGAAAAAGUUUCAGGUCCACAACUCCUAUUUAAUUCCACUAGUUUGUUUAAGAAAAGGCUGCUAAUAACUCUAGCAAACGCCAUAAUGUCAUCACAGAAGCCGGUUGAAGAAAACAUCGUUUCCACUGAACACAAUGGCGAAUCUACAGAGGAAAGCCCUGCUAACGGUGCUGAACUGGAACCACAGAAACUGCCGGAAGAGACUCCGUUAGAGCAGGGGAAAGAAGUUGCUACAGAUGACGCUGAGCCCGAACAGUGUCAGAAGAAUGAUGUUCCACUAGAUAAGAAGGAAGAUGCGGAAGAAGAAGACGAUCAUGAAUCGGUCCCGGAAGAUUUGAACGAUUUUGUUGUGCUGGAUGAAGCGGAAAUUACUGAAUCAGAGGGCGAUGAUCCACCGCAGGAACAUGAUAAUGAUGAUGAGGAGGAUGAAGAAUCGAUGCAAUGGGAUUGCCCAUUGGAGCGUCUGGCAUCGAGAACGUAUACCGAUAAAGAGCUCCAACCAACGGAGCUGGAUCCACGUUGCAAACCGAAUUGGCCGCUAGCCGCGUACUGGCCGGUUUAUGUUGGAAACUUCCGUUUGUUCAAGAAGUUCGAUUCGGAUUACAAUUGUUCUCAUGCGGUUCACAAGUAUUUCGCUUCGAAGGGCUUACCAACUUUUAUGGUCUAUCGUUUGAAGGAUUCGUUUUUCGAGGAAUAUCAGAAACGGGUUGGGUUUUACGAUAUGUUGGUAUAUUUUUGCAGCAAGAAGGAUGCAACCAGAGCCAUCAAAUGGUGUCAUCGUGAUCUGUACUAUGGGCACAGGUUGAACGUGUACUGCGGUCGUACAACGGCUAUGUUUCCGACGUUUCCGAACAAGAAGUUCAAAUCCUAUCGGUUCAAGCACAGGAAAGCAGAAGAUAAGCUCGAGACGGAGAGUAACUUGGAAAAAUAUUUGAGUUGCUAUGGGAAAAUCAUUUGCAUCAGCAAGCAGGAUUUCGAUAACGUCCUGGUGCAAUUCACUCGAACACCGUGGCCUGUGAGAUUCCCAAAGGAUAAUCGUGUGCAACUAUUUACGAUUACCAGACCUGUUCCCAAGCAGCGAUUCGUUGAAGGGAACAUCGAGCAGCAACUUACCAAGGAGAUUGCCGAGAAUCCCAGGUUUAUGCGAACGCGACUGGUAUACAAACUGUUGUUGUCUAUCAAGCAUGGAGUUAUUCCGGAGAUGCUGCGGCCGUGGGAGAAAGCGGAGGUGGAAGAAAUUGUAAUCGAACAACGCCGUCAAGAAAACUGGCGUCAGAGGAGUUCGUACAAUCCUAACGUUAGAGACACCUUCAAACGCAGACACGAUGAUUUCAACUAUGGUUCGCCGUCGAAGAGCAGACGUCAGCUUAUAAGAGAGGCAAAAUCACUGGAGUAUCAGUUGAUGUGUAUCAAGACCAAAAUCAACGAAGGCAAGCCCGCUCCACCUAAAUUGCCACCACAGCCCAAAUUGCCUCCACAGAAGAAUGUCGUCCCCAAGGUGGUGGUGCAGAACAAGGACUUGGAACCGGAACCGAAACCGAAACGGCAGAAAACCGAAACUCAACUUAUUCGCCAGCGGAUCAGAGGCGCCCGACGUACUCGGAACAGAUUCCGCAAGGAUGUGUUCGUGCGUCCGUCGGUUAAUGCGGAGAAGAAUAAACCGGAGGCGGAUAAUUGAAUCAUCAGGAAUUUACAUCAUCUCCAUUGUAUUGAACUCAAUCAGAAUUUUCUUUUGUUGUUGGAUUGCAAUACCUAAAUA